AUGAGCGCUAGAUUUGUAGAGGAUGGAGGCUAUACCCGAGCUACCCAGACAUUCGCUGGUAUCCCUGCCACUAGUUGGGUGGCUGGCAUUGUUCUCACUGGCCAGUACCACCCUGAACCUGUCGGCACAAUUGACAUCCUGGCAAAGCCGGGCCACAGGCAUGGAGCACGUUGUAUACGUCGUUCCUUUUUUGGUAAGAAUUUCAAGCCAGAGCUCAAGAAUGGCAUGGGGAUCGACGAUGUCCUGAAGAGGAGCUUGCCAUCAAUGCAGAUUGAAAUAGAAUUUCCUCCUGAGGGGCACGGUGCCCUUGCAGUUGGCAGUUUGCAGCAGAAUGCCCUGCGCACAUGA